UAUAAAUCGCCGAUCUAUCUGAAGUUUGCCCUUCUCUGCCGCUUCAGUCGUCCGUCUUGAUUCCAGUUGCAGUCGAAAGCCCGCUUCAUGGAUGCGGCCAAGGCGGCGUUGGUAACGGUGGAGGAGGAAGAAGAAGACUUCGAGCCUCUCUUCAAUUACAACCGCGUCGAGCCCGUGGAUCUCCUCGCCUUCCAGGAUGACGCCUUCGAUUCUUCCCCUAUUGUCACCUUUGUCGAGCGCAAGAAAGCGUCGGAUGCCUCCGUCAGUGCAAAUAAGGAGGGGAACGUGAAAGGUAAUUACGGAGCCACUGUGGUUGUCCUUGACGAUGACGAGGAAGUAGAUGGGAAAGGGAAGAAAGGCGGGGGUCGGGUGCCACCUCGUAAGCCUCCAAAUUCGGUAAAGGGAUUUGGUGAGAAGGCUAACAAUGAUGAGGAUUGGCUGCCUCCGCCGCCCCCUAGGGUUCCAAACCCCAGAUUAAAAUCCCGAGAGGAGAAGACUCUCCAAGAGUUGCGAUUACAUAAGCAAAAUCUAGCUUCGAUUGCUCAGUCAGUGCAAGAUGUACUGCAUCAUGUAGAGGAAGCUGAGAUAGAGCAGCAUAACAGAUCAAGAAAACCCGUUGAGCAACCAUCAAAAGAACAAAUCCUAAGACAAAAGAUAGUAAUAUCAAUCCAAGACAAACUAGGACAAAUGCAGUUUCGUGUCUAUUUGGAUGAAAAUUUUGAUAGGCUUUUCAAAUUGUAUGCUGAAAAGGUACAAGUCAAGCUAGACAAGUUAGUAUUCUCUUUCGACGGAGAGAAAGUUAGUUCAAAUGCGACACCUGAAGCCCUUGGCAUGGAGAAUGACGAUAUCAUUGAAGUUUAUGAUAAAUCAUAGAACCGUUUUGAAUCAAUGGAUGGCAGAAGUGUAAAUCAAGAGUGCUGAACUAUGAUCCCAAUAUUUUGCUAGUUGAAUUCUGCAAUAAUAUGCAGAUUUUUUUGUGGUGGCUGUCAAUUUGACGCCAAGGCCAACGAUGGAGUGAUAUGAUGGUACAGUAGAAAAAAUCUCUUGAUUGUGGCAGAAAGUGAUGCGUGUUCUUAUAACGUAACAUAAAGCUCAUCUGUCGUGUUUCUUUGCACAAUUCUUGAUAGUGUUUAUGAUGGUGAAACGAUGACAGUCAUGGCCAA